AUGUGCGGAAUCACGGCAAUUCUCAGUCUCGACGGAGGGGCAAACUGCCCCAGGGUCGACAUUAAUAUCGACCCCCAGGUAUUGAACCAUCAAAUGGAUGAGAGUCUGGAGCUAGUAAAGCACCGUGGCCCAGACGCAAGAGGCCAGUGGUUUAGCCAUGACCACCGUGUGGGUCUUGGUCAUGCUCGAUUCUCGAUCAUCGAUCUCAGCCCUGCCGGCAACCAGCCUUUUCAUGACGCCGAAGAAACCGUCCAUGCGGUCGUCAACGGAGAACUUUACGAUCAUGAGAAGCAUCGCGCGGAGCUCGCUGGCGAAUACGACUUUACCAGCAGCAGUGAUAGUGAGAUUGUGAUUGCUUUAUACCGUCAUUAUGGCAUCUCGUUCCUUUCCAAGUUACGGGGAGAAUUCGCCCUCGUACUCUGGGAUGCAAAGCGGAAGCUCUUCUUCGCCGCUCGGGAUCGUUAUGGUAUAAAGUCGUUGUACUAUACUAUAGUCAACAACAAACUACUUGUGGCAACCGAGAUGAAGUCAUUCUUACCCUUUGGCUGGCAGCCAGAAUGGUCUGUUGAGAACCUCCUUAGGAAGGGUUGGUUGUGGGACAGCAAGAUGUAUUUCAAAGGGGUACACCGGCUCGAACCGGGCCGAUACUUGGUCAGCCGCAACUUUGAGUCGCCGGACGUGAGGACGUACUGGGAUAUGGAGUACCCAGACAAGAGGACUUCUUGCCCUUGGACUGAAAAAGACAUAGUCCUGAAGCUCCGAGAACUCUUGCUUGAUUCGGUCAAGCUACGGCUUCGAGCCGACGUGGGAGUCGGAGUCUACCUCAGCGGCGGCCUAGACUCGUCUGCCAUUGCAGGAAUGACGAAGCACCUCAUACAACAAGGUGAACUCUUAGGAAACGAUGUCAGCGGUGACGUGUCGAAGAUGAGCUGCUAUACCAUCCGGUUUGGCAAGGACAGCGGAGUGGACGAGUCAGAUGUAGCACAGAGGACGGCGGACUGGCUAGGGGUUGACCUACACCCAGUGACCAUGAACGAAGAGGAGCUUGCCUCGCGGUUUGAGAAUGCUGUUUGGUACACGGAGGCGCCUAUCCCUGAUGUCAAUGGAAUGGGCCGAGUUGCCGUGGGAGAAUUGGCUCAUUCCCACGGAAAGAAAGUCAUUCUCACAGGAGAGGGUUCAGACGAGCAUUUCGGCGGCUACCCCGACAUGCUCUCAAAGAUGUUCCUCGAGCUAGAUCUCUCCUGGCCUGCACCAGCCUUCGGAAUGCCCGAAAGCUCAAAGCCAUUCGAAGCAGGAAGGGAAGCCAUCCCACCACCGGUAAACUCACCCGCCUCGACAAAGCGAAUACUCAACAACUCCUCGGUAUUCGCCCGCGUGAGCUCGUUCUACAAUCUCCCAUUCGCCGCAUGGACAGCAAAGCACGCAAUACCAGAUCUUGAUCUUGAAACCGCAUUCGCAGAACACUUUGGAGCCCAAACCCUAUCUCAUAUGGCUGAAAAAUGGCACCCCCUGAACUCGGCAAGCUACCAAUGGACCAAGUCUAUCCUGGCAAACUACAUCCUCCGCUACAUUGGUGAUGGCGCCGACAUGGUCCAUCAGAUCGAAUCAAGGCCUCCCUUCUUGGAUCACCGCGUUACAGAGUUUGCCAACCAGAUUCCCCCGAGUCUGAAAAUCCGCUAUGACCCGGUCAACAAAGUUUUAUGUGAGAAGUACAUUCUCCGCGAAGCCAUGCGGCCGUUCAUCACUGACGAGGUCCUGAAUCGCACGAAGCGUGCGUACCUGGGUCCGUCGAACUACAGGGAAGGCGGACCGCUACACCAGGCCGUGACGAGGCUACUCACAGAAGAGAAUGUCAAACAGCUAGGCUUCGUGGACUGGGAUCAGCUACAGGAACACGUCGUCAAGGGCUUUCGUGACGGCGACCAGAGAUGUUUCCGAAGCUCGCUCUUUGUGGCUCAGCUCGUCGUCUUGUCUCAACGAUUCGGCGUCAGGCCGGCGACAGACACGAACUCGCCCCCUGUGUCAACCGAGACGCAUAGAGCUCGUAUCGGGUCCAACGGUGCUGCGCCCAUGGUCCAAAUUACAAGCCACCUAUAG